GAAGCGGAAGAGGCUGACGGGCCGGGAAGCCUGUCUCCGGUCUGGCCGGGUCCCCGGGACCGGCCGCCCGCCGUGAUGCCGAGCCCCCGGAGGACCAUCGAGGGGCGGCCGCUGGGCUCCUCGGGCGGAAGCAGCGUCCCAGGCAGCCCGGCCCACGGCGGCGGCGGCGGCAGGUUCGAGUUCCAAUCGCUGCUGAACUGCCGCGCGGGCGCGGAUCCCGCCUGCGCCCGGCUGCGCGCGUCCGACAGCCCGGUGCACCGGCGCGGCUCCUUCCCUCUGGCCGCCGCGGGCCCCGCACAGGCAGCCCCGGCCCCGCCGCCGGAGGACGCCCGCAUGAACUUGAACCCGUCCUUCCUGGGCAUCGCCCUGCGCUCCCUGCUGGCCAUCGAUCUAUGGCUGUCCAAGAAGCUGGGGGUGUGUGCUGGGGAGAGCUCGGCCUGGGGCAGCGUGCGACCCCUGAUGAAGCUGCUGGAGAUCUCGGGGCAUGGCAUCCCCUGGUUGCUCGGCACCCUCUACUGCCUGCUUAGGAGCGACAGCUGGGCCGGACGCGAAGUGCUGAUGAACCUGCUCUUCGCCCUGCUGUUGGACCUGCUGCUGGUGGCUGUGAUUAAAGGGCUGGUCCGCAGGCGCCGACCCGCGCACAAUCAGAUGGACAUGUUUUUCACCCUCUCGGUGGACAAGUACUCCUUUCCCUCGGGCCAUGCCACGAGGGCCGCUCUGGUGUCGCGGUUCAUCCUGAACCACCUGGUACUGGCCAUUCCACUCAGGGUGCUGGUGGUCCUGUGGGCCUUUGUCUUGGGUCUCUCCAGGGUCAUGCUUGGGCGCCACAACGUCACUGAUGUGGCUUUUGGCUUUUUUCUGGGCUACAUGCAGUACAGCAUUGUGGAUUAUUGCUGGCUGUCACCCCACAAUGUUCCAGUUCUUUUUGUACUGUGGAAUCAACAGUGACAACAUCUCAUUGAUUGUUGGCACCACAAGGUCUGAAGGGUUCCACAUUCGAGGAUUCUGACCUAAGCCAGAGCCAUCCAGUCGCCCCUCAGACAUUUUGGGCGGCCUUUGGGAAUUCUGGGAUCCCACUGUCUUGACAAGUUUCCUAGACCGGAGCUCAUGCUGGCUAUUACUGAACACUGGCCAUACUAGAGAAACAAAGUCUAUUGUGUAUGUAUUCGACAGCUAUCUAUCUCCAAGACAACUGCAAAGAUAUCAAGCUGGCUGACUAUGUGAUUACUAUUUAAAGUUGACAGAAUAGUGUUAAUGAGUAAUUACACCCCCCCAAAAAAUGUUGUUACUUGUAAAUUGAAUUUUAAGAGCCAUUAGCUAGAUAAACCAUGUGCUAUUCCCAGCCCUUUACCUAGAUUUUAAACAAUAUUUUAAAAGUUCAAGACAGAUUUUUUUCCCCCAGUUUACUCUCUGAACAUCUGUUGCUAUAACUGAAGCUUUUUCCUUGUGCUUCCUUAAGCUCUCCCACCUUCGUGGACUUGGUAGUAAGAGGUUCCAGGGAGUACUUGCCUUUCUUCUCCCUGUACCUCUCAAACGGUCUUUAGAUAUUUACUUUCCACUACUCUUUAACAUUAUCUUUUAGCACUCAGAACAGACCAAGAUGUCAAAGAAGACAUACUCAAAAGGCGGGCUUGUUUAAGGCUUCCACAGAAGUGUAAGUAUGAGAUUACUGCUUCAUUUCCUGACACCUUGACAAGUAGCAUACCAGGGGGCAAGAAGCUGAGCUGCUGGGGAGAGGUAGGCAGACCAGGAAGUAGGCCAGGGGCAGGAAAUGAAGCCCUGCUGUCUGCCAUCUCUACUGAAUAGAGCAAAUGAUCCUCUAUUAACUAAAAAAAUAGAAGAGUGAUGUGGUUCUUUCCAGUGCGCCUACAUAGCGUUGCUGUGUGUACCACAGGAUGACUGCAUGCUCCUUUCCCUAUCGAUCCCACUGUGCUGUAUCCAGGACUUAACUUGAAACUUUUCAGGAAAGCCUAUUGCCCAAUGUGAGCGUUAGGUAUAACUCUUAAAUUUCUGUUUACAUUGAAAGCUGUUCAUUCACGGUGCCUCCCCCACUCCUAAGACCAAAGAUGACCAAAUAACAUGGUAGACUCUGAUUAUUGUCUGACCUAGAAAGACCAAAGAGGUUAUGUCCAUUAAAUCUGUAAAUGCUGCUGUGUCUGGAAAGAAAGCCUUUAAAUCACCGGUGGAAGUGGCGCCAACAGAUAAUCUCAAUGGCCAGUUGUUCCGGCAUUUAUAAAUAGAAAGGCCUGUGGGCUGUGGGCUAAUGUUCAAGGACGGGACUGUAGAAAGUGGAAGCGAUAAACCAGUUCUCAGUAGGAGGAAGUGGGACGUUUGUGAGUGGGGAUUAGGGACACCAAUAGGAACAGCUCCUUUGAUAAAACAGUUACUACAUUCCCACGACAACCUAAACACAGACUACCUCUUUCCUUAUCAGAUCUGCUAAGCUGUGAGGUUCUAAGAGGUCUGGGUGUGUUGUUUAACCUUUUGAAGAUCACAUUUCAUUAUAACAUUCCGGCCAGACAUUUGAAAAUGACGUUUGUUCUUAUAGUGUCCCCAAGUCUGCUGAGGGCCCAUCUUCUAGUUUCUAUUUCUAGUUGCACUUCUGAAAUUUCAUGUUUUGUUUGCUGGCUUUUAAAAUAUAGAUCAGAUCAAUUUUCCCGACUUCAUGAAUAAUCCUAAAUUCACUAGAGUAAAAAACUGAUUUCUUUGUUAAUUACUUGUACAAUGAAGGAUGCCUUUUCAAAAUAAACUGGUAAUGUUGAAUGGUA